AUGCGUGUUCAACACGCCCUCCUUCCACUGCUCUUCACACUUUCAUUCGCAGAAACAUUCAAUGCCCGCCAUGGUCUACRAAUACGCCAGGAAGGCAACGACGUGGCUACUGCCACAUCGGACGCGCCUUUGACAACGACCGCCGCGGAUGAUCGAUCGUCCACCGUAACCGAAUCGGCUUCUGUAACCUCAAGCAGCGAGGAUGUGCCAACAUUCACUGAAUCCAAUCCCGGCGACGUGACAUCGCCCAUAACCACGCCGGGUGGGGCAUCCUCAACUCCCACCAUGACGGAGAGCCCCAUCCCGACGGCCACGAACGGCACUACCAACGACAACGACUUGCCUAUAGAACCGGAAAUCACACCCGCGCUGGGUGUCGGCGGUGUUUUACUCAUAUUUGCUGGCAUUGGCCUUGGCUUCGUUGGGAUCAAACACCGCGCAACUCAGACAUUCCUCAGCACGGCCCUGUUGGUAGCCUUAGGAUGCGAGGUACUCAUUAUUUACCUGAUGAACCCACCGGUGUCAGAUGCUGCGCAAGGUGCAUUCCUGGUCGCAGGUGUCUUGGGGGGCUGCCUGCUCGGUGGCCUUGCUUUGAUCUCCCAGGAAGUGUCAGAGGGCUUUGGGUGUAUUCUCGGCGGCUUCUGUUUCGCCAUGUGGCUUCUCGUGCUCGUUCCUGGCGGCAUAAUCAAGAAUCAGGUUGGACGGAGUGUCCUUCUAUCUUGUUUUUGUGCGGCCUGCUUCUGCCUUUACCUUUCCCGGUACACUCGCAUAUAUGGUAUCAUCAUAUGCACAUCCUUCGCUGGAGCUACUUCAUUUAUGCUUGGCAUUGACUGCUUCGCAAGGGCCKGGCUCAAGGAGUUUUGGGUGUACAUCUGGAAUCUGAAUGAGGACAUCUUUCCUCUCUUCACUGAAACGUACCCCAUGACCAAGAACAUGCGUGCUGAAAUCGCGGGAAUCGUUAUCAUCGCGUUCUUUGGGACCAUGUCACAGAUCAAGAUCUGGAGUAUUGUGAAGGAGACCAAGUCCAAACGAGACGCAGACCGUCUCGCUUACGAGAGGGCCCGAGAAGUCGAGGAAGCAGAGCUCGGUCGAGGGAUUGAAGAGCGCAAUAAACAUGAUAUCGCGCAGUGGGAAGGCGCUUAUGACGAUAAGAAGAUGCCGCAGACGACUGUGGAGUCCACAACCUCUGUCAACGCCUAUGGUGCUGCAACCACUGAACUCGAUAUCACCAACACGAAUGAGGACAGGCGAGUAUCGUUUCCUCUGGUUCAUCUUCGGCCCGCGACAAGAGAUGAGGAGAUGUCAGGCGGCCUAGAUCACAUCUCACCCGCGAACGGCCUCGCCAUCACGGAGAACAAACGAUCAUCCACCGUACCGAGCAUUACUCCUCUCGAAGCUGGACAUCUAAAAGGCCAGACUUCGCCAUCCUCCGCACAGCUACGAAGUCCUCCUUCCGCGAGUCUCGGCACCCCGAAGUCGCCAGCUCGUGAAAGUCAAGCAUCCAUAAAGUCAAUUGCUCUGCAUUCAUCGCCGGCCUUGCCUCACGACGAGCAGGAUGGCAAAGAAGGAGACACGGCCGCAGCCAAACACGUUUCGAGCGUAUCUCUUGCGGCUAUUGAAAUACCCGAGACGAAUGAAGAGCCCGACGAACCAUUUGACUGGGACCUCGCAUCAUCUAUCGCAGCGACCAACGCGGAGCCCCCAGACCUAGACACUUUGUCUAUGACCUUAUCGCGACCUGUAUCCGCAUUUCUGUCGCAACAUGGUGGUUCUCCCAUGCUACCAUAUGAGCAGUUCAUCGAAGAGGACGAAGAAGCAUUGAUUACAUUGAGCAAGCAUCGCAAAUCGAUGCCGAGGAGUCCCUCCCUUGGAGCUCGCGCGAGCUAUUCCCACCUCACUUCCCCUUCACUAGGCUCCGUGGUGAAGGCAUCUCUCACUGACAAGCUGCCAUUGCGACUCUCAAGGGCUGCCCUCAGCCACAGGACCAAUGAGUGGGCUAAGGAAGUUGGCAGAGCAGAGCCUGAGCCGAUUGAGAAAGUCGAGGACCACACCCUCGAUGCUGUCCGGAUCGAGACUUGCAAUGCUGCGGACGCGGCUAGAGCAAAGCAGAACAACGCUGCCCCACUGCCACCACCGCCGCCGCCGAUCGCGCCUCAGCCAGCUCCUGCUCCUGUCGAGGAGCCUCCUCAGUCCCCCAGCACGAACCCGUAUCGAAGAAGCAAGAAUCUGACAUCGUCGCCUCCAAACCCUGCACUCACACAAGUGCAAGUGGAGGACGAUAGCAGCUGGUCUAUUCCGCUUGGCCAGCAAAGAAGUAGCAAUCCAUUGUCACCAAUCCCGGCGAAUGGUAUGAAUGCCUCGGUUUUGACUCAAGAGCAGGCUGGGCCGAUCCCUAAACGCUCGCUCUCGGCAAUGUCCAACACGCCCAACCUUCUCGACGAGAGGCGAGAAAUGAUCGGCAGAAAGAUCACCAGCACUUCGUUCAUGGUGCCACCCAUCAGCGAGGACGCUGGGGAUGCUCCCGAAAGCAGCAAGGGUGAUCGAACCUCUCUCUCGGAGCACACCAAACCGUCCACAAACACUUCGAUUGGAGACGAGCAGGAUGGUGAAGACAUGACACUUGCACAGCGCAAGGCACUCGUUCAACAACAACUUCAGCUGGACCUGCUGCAAUCGCCACACUCCAUGCAUUCGCCGCUAUCCAUGCAAUCGCCGCACUCCAUGCAGUCGCCGCGCUCCAUGCAAUCCAUAAGCCGGCAGGGCUCGCAAAUGUAUCAACCACGUUCUCUCAGCAGACAUGCAUCCCAGCCGGUAUCACAAUCGAUGGUCGACCUGACAUCGAAUCAACCACGUUCUUCCAGCAGAGCACUUCGCAUGUCCGGACCCACGGGAAACACACAUCAGCCUCAACACAUGUCAUCUCACGACCAAACCAGACAAGCCAUGAACUGGUCAACGUGGCGUUCUAGCGCCGGCUUGGACAUCAAGCAGCAAGACCCUGUUGACACACCGAAUAGCCAGAUGGACAUGAUGCGUGCUAUGCGUGUUCAGUCCGAGGUAGAAGCGAAGCAACGGCAGCAGGAUGCGCAAGCCAGACAAGCGCAGAUGGAUGCUCACAUGAGGAUGGGAGGCAUGAACGAUGCCCACCGAAUUGCCAUGGCCAAGAUGCAAGGAAAAGCCAACGCUCAGGUCCAGUGA